GGUAACACUUUCUCAAUAUCAAAUAACACUUUAAAGGAUAGUUAAUAGACUUAAGCUUCAUAUCAGUCAUAAUAAUUCAAUUAUGGCAUCAUUAUACACAUUUUCUCAGGAGACCUUGAUUGGUCUUCGUAAAUUUAGAUUUGGUACUGGUAGAGUAUCAACCAUGCAAGCUGUGAUAUAUACUAUUGAUAAAGAAUCAUAUGAAAUCAAAAGAGAAGAUGAAGAUCAAAUAAUAGAUAGUCUUGAAUCCUUAAUAGAAGAAUUACCUGAUAAUACUCCUCGAUAUAUUGUUCUUUCAUAUCCUAUGAAAGCAGAAGAUGGAAGAUUAAAGAGUCCAUUGGUCCUUCUUUAUUGGAUACCUCCAACCAGUGGACAAGAAAGUAGAAUGUUAUAUGCUGGAGCAGUUGAACAAUUCCGUGAAAAAGCUGGGGUGUCAAAACUUAUUAAAGUUGAAGAUGAAGAUGAUAUUGAAGAUAUUCCAUCUGAAUUAUAAUCAUUUCAAUAUUUAUCGUUAUCAUUUUAUAGACCAUAUACUUAUGAUAUAAUAUAUAUCUAUUAUAUAUAUAUAUAUUAACUAUGGAUAUCCAUUCUCAUAUUUACUGUUGCUGUUAAGUAAAUUAUAUCCUUAACAUUAUUAAAUUCUGAUUUUCUGCAAGUCGUGUGCUGAACAUAAUGUUUUUUUUUUUCAGUGUCUCUUCACAGAAUACAAAAGAAAAAUUUUUCAUUCCCUUUAAAAUGUUUUAACAACCCUUUCUUCUUCUUCUUUUCU